CGUUGCCCGGACACCGCGUCCACUCCCGAGCGCGCGGUCAGACCAGGGUCUUUUCUACCCAGUGGCGCCUGCAUUUGCAGAGAGGUGGUGGCUGUGGGAGCCGGAGAGGGAGAUUUUGCCAGCCAAGAUGACUUCCAAACAGAGAACUUUGAACUUUAGUGAAAGGCACCAGAAAUUAGUAGAUGAAAACUUUCGCAAAAAUUUGGAUAUCAAAGCACUAAAAGAGAUGCAGAGUCAAAUCAGUAGCCAACUGGAAAGGAAUAAAAAUGAUGACAGUAUUGAGUGCAAGAGAUUCCUCAGAUUAUUACAGAAGGAACAGUUCGAGUUGGAUAUGGAAGAAGCCAUCCAAAAAGCAGAAGAAAACAAGAGAUUGAGGGAACUCCAGCUUGAACAGGAAGAAAAACUGGCUAUGGAAUUGGCAAAAUUAAAACAUGAAAGUCUAAAGGAUGAAAAGAUGAGACAACAAGUAAGAGAAAACAGUAUUGAGCUCAGAGAAUUGGAGAAAAAAUUAAAAGCAGCUUACAUGAAUAAGGAAAGAGCAGCCCAGAUUGCUGAAAAGGAUGCCAUUAAAUAUGAGCAAAUGAAGCGUGAUGCUGAAAUAGCCAGAACCAUGAUGGAAGAGCACGAGAGAGUAAUGAAGGAAGAGAAUGCUGCAGAAGACAGACGAAACAAAGUGAAAGCCCAGUACUCUCUGGACUUAGAGAAACAACUGGAAGAACAAGAGAGAAAAAAACAGGAAGCUUAUGAGCAGUUGCUGAAAGAGAAACUCAUGAUUGAUGAAAUUGUUAGGAAAAUCUAUGAAGAAGAUCAAUUGGAAAGGCAACAAAAGUUAGAAAAAAUGAAUGCAACAAGAAAAUAUAUUGAAGAGUUUCAGAAAGAGCAGACUAUCUGGAGAAACAAGAAACGUGAGGAGAUGGAAGAAGAAAACAGAAAAAUCUUAGAGUUUGCCAACAUGCAGCAGCAAAGAGAAGAACAUAGGAUGGCAAAAGUUCAAGAAAAUGAGGAAAAAAGGUUGCAGCUUCAGAAUGCGCUAACUCAGAAAUUGGCGGAAAUGCUGCGGCAACGUGAAGACUUGGAACAAGUACGACAGGAAUUAUAUCAGGAAGAGCAAGCUGAACUAUAUAGGAGGCAACUAAAAGAGAAAGCAGAAGAGAAAUUGAGAAAGCAAAGAAAGAUGAAGCAAGAUUUUGAAGAACAAAUGGCUUUGAAGGAAUUAGUAUUACAGGCUACAAAAGAAGAGGAGGAGGCCUUUAGAAAAACUAUGCUAGCCAAACUUGCUGAGGAUGACCGAAUAGAAUUAAUGAAUGCUCAGAAACAAAGAAUGAAGCAACUGGAACAUAGAAGGGCUGUGGAAAAACUUAUUGAAGAACGUCGUAACCAGUUUCUCGCAGACAAACAACGUGAGCUGGAAGAAUGGCAGUUACAGCAAAGAAGACAAAGGUGUAUUAACGAUAUUAUUGAGGAAGAAAGGAUAAAACUUCUCAAAGAACAUGCUACAAAAUUAUUAGGAUAUCUCCCUAAAGGAAUAUUUAAAAAAGAGGAUGAUAUUGAUUUUCUUGGCGAAGAGUUUAGGAAAGCAUACCAGAAAAGGAGUGAAAUUUGUGAAGAAAAGUGAUACCAUCAACAUUUGGUAAAACCUGGAUUUUUCUGUACAUUACCACUAGAUGUCAGCGUAACUUUCAUUUUACAGUUCAGUGACAGGAAUGUUUUAUUUGUAUUUUCUAUCACUGUAUUUCAUAAUUUAUAAACAAGUGUCAGAUUAAUAUUUUAACUGAAAAAUUUAUAUAUAUGCAUAUGUACUCCUAGGCUGUCCUGUUCAGAGAUUUUUCUCAUCCCAUCCUGUAGACAGUCUGUUUACCUUAGCUAGUACUGAGUUCUAGUUUCUAGUGAACUGCCCUUCAUCUAUAUUUAUGUUUGGGAACUUUACUAAUUUGGUUUGGCCAGGGAAAUGCAUAUUUAGAUUUUGGUUUUAAAGUACAUUAUUCUGUCUACUCUAAAGGAGGAUUAAAGUAAGUAAAAAUAAUUUAAAAUGCUUUAUUACUAAAUGAGCUUGAUCAUCAUAAGUACUUAAAAAGAAUCUUUCUAGUUCAUAAUUGAACAUAAAAUUAUUAGAACAUAAAAUAAUUUUUAAUUGACAAUGAAAUUAUCAUGUUUGACAGUGUUUAGAAGUAUAUAAAUACAUUGUGGAAUGAUUAAAUCUAGCUAAUUAACCAUUUUUGUGUUAAGAGCACAUAACAUCCAUUUUUCAUUUUUUAAGAACAUAUUGUCAUUAACCAGUCACCAUGCUAUAUAAUAAAAUAUCUUAUUCCUCCUAGCUGUGAUUAUGUAUCCUCUGACCAACAUAUUCUAAUAUCCUCUCUAAUCACUCAUCCUCUGGCAACUAUAAUUCUAUCCUAUUCUCUACUUAUGAGAUCAGCUUUUUUUUUAUAUACCAUAUAUGAGCUAGAUUGUGCAUUGUCUUUUUGUGACUGGCUUAUUUUAAUAAUGUAAUGUCCUCUAAGGUCAUCCAUGUUGCAUAUGGACAGCAUUUCAUUCUUUGAAUAGAAUUACAUUUAUCUUUUACAUUUAUCAUUUUUUUUUAUCCAUUCAACCAUCAUUAGACACUUAGGUUGAUUCCAUAUUUUGAUUAUUGUGAAUAUUGUUACAGUAAACAUAGGAGUACACAUCUCUUCAACAUAUGGAUAUCUCUUUGGAUAUAUAUCCAAUAAUGGAAUUACUUUUUUUAACAUAUGAGGAACUUAUAUACUGUUUUCCAUAAUGACUCUACUAAUUUAUAUUCUCACCAACAGUAUGCAAGUUUUUUUCUCCAUAUCCUUGUCAGCACUUGUUACCAUUAGUCUUUUCAGUAAUCACCAUUCUAACUAGAGUGAGGUGGUAUCUUGCUGUGGUUUUGAUUCACAUUUCCAUGAUCAUUAAUGAUAUUGAGCAUUUUUUCAUAUACUUGGAUUUGCAUGUGUUCUUUGGGAAAUGUCUAUGUUUUGUCCAUUUUUAAAGUGGGGUGUUUUUUUGUGUAUUUUUUAUUAAUUUUUGGAUAUUAUCAGAUAUAUACUUUGCAAAAUAAUUUUAACCUAUUCUGUAGGUUGUCUCUUCACUGUUGACUGUUUACUAUGCAGAAAAUUUUUAGUUUAACUCCAUUUAUCUCAUUGCUUGUGUUUUCGAGGUCAUAUUAAUAAUUUUCCACCAUUGACCAGAUCAAUGUCCAGAAGCUUUUCCACUGUUUUCUUUCAGUUGUCUCAUAAUUUCAGGUAUUACAUUUAAGUCUUUGAUCCAUUUUGAGUUAAUUGUUGUAUAUAUUAAGAGAUAAGGAUCUGAGAUUCUUCUGCAUACAGAUAUCUGACUUUCCUAGUACCAUUUUUUUUUUCUGAAAAGACUUUUGUGUGUUCUUGGCACCUUUGUUGAAAAUCAUUUGGUUGUAAAUGCACAAAUUUAUUUGUGCUAUUUUGUUUUUUGUUCCUUGGUCUGUUUGUGUUUUUAUGCCAGUACCAUGCUGUUUUGGUUAAUAUAGUUUUAUAAAAUGUUUUGAAGUUAGGGAUUAUGAUGCCUCUCGCCUUCCACCUCCUUAUGUUGGCUGCUUGGGGUCUUUUGUGUUUACAUAUGAAUUUUAGGAUUUUUUUUUUAAUCUCUGUGAAAAAUCUCUUAGGUAUUUUGAGGGGGACGUCAUUGAAUCUAUAUGUCUCUUUGGGUGGUAUGAACACUUUAAUAUUUAUUCUUCUAUGAACAUGAAACAUUUUUCAUUUGUAUUUUUUUCAAUUUCCUUCACUUAGUAUUCUGUAGCUUUCAGAACAGAUCUUUCACCUCCUUGGUUAAAUUUACUGGUUUUUUUUUUUUUUUUUAUAACUAUUUUAAAAAGGAUUGCUUUGUGUUUUUUUCCCAGAUAUUUUGCUGUUAGCAUAUUGAAGUGUUACUGAUUAUGUUGAUUGUCGUAUCCAGUAACUUCACUGAUUUUGACCUAACAUGUUUGGUAGAGUCCUUAGGGUCUUUUAUAUGUAAGAUUAGAUCAUUUGCAAAUAGGGACAAUUUCUUCUUCAACUUAGAUACAUUUAUUUCUCCUGCCUAAUAAAAUGCUCUGGCUAGGACCUCCUCAACUAUCUUGAAUAAAAGUAGCAAAAAUGAGCUUCCUUGUUUUUUUCCAGAUUUUAGAGGAAAAGUUCAACUUUUCCAUUUGGUACUAUGUUAGCUAUGGGUUUGUCAUAUGACUUUGUGCUGAGGAACAUUCCUACUAUACCUAGUUUGUUGAUCAUUUUUAUCAUGAAGGGAUACUGAACUUUAUCAAGUGUUUUUAUGUAUCUGUUGAAAUAUAGUUUUUGUUCUUCAUUCCACUAAUGUGAUAUGUUUUUAUGUUGAAUCAUCUUUGCAUUCUUGGAAUGACUCCCAUUUGAUCAUGGUGAAUGAUUUUUAUGUACUGUUGAAUUUGGUAUUUUGUUGAGGAUUUUUACAUCUGUGUUCAUCAGGGAUAUUGGCCUCCUCUUUUUUUUUUUGUUAUGACUUUGUCUCAUUUUGGUAUCA